GUGGGUCGACUUGUUUACAUUCAAGAGUUGGCUGACUGAAGACAGAAAUGUUUGGUGGAAGAGGUGGUGGCAGAGGAGGCGGCGGCAGAGGUGGAGGAUUUGGUGGCGGAAGAGGUGGAGGAUUUGGUGGCGGAAGAGGUGGUUUUGGUGGCAGAGGAGGUGGUGGUUUCCGUGGAGGGCGAGGAGGAGGAUUUGGAGGACGUGACCAGGGUCCCCCAGAAAGUGUACUUGAAUAUGCCCUUUUCACACAUACAGCACAGGAAGAUCUAGUGUGCAAAGUGACUCACAAAGAUGUCCCCUAUUUUAAUGCACCAAUUUUUCUUCAGAACAAGGAACAAAUUGGAAAAGUUGAUGAAAUCUUUGGAACUCCACACGAUAAAUAUAUUUCAGUGAAGCUGGGUGAAAACUUCAAAGCAUCUUCAUUCCAAAAAGAUACAAAGCUCUACAUUGAUGAAGCCAAACUUCUACCAUUGUUCAUGUUCUUGCCUGGUCACAAGAGAGGUGGUGGACGAGGUGGACGUGGAGGACGUGGAGGGCGUGGUGGUGGCCGAGGAGGGCGCGGAGGAGGAGGGGGUGGAUUUGGCCGAGGUGGAGGCGGAAGGGGCGGUGGAGGUGGUUUUGGAAGAGGUGGCGGUGGAGGAUUUGGACGAGGUGGUGGUGGAGGAUUUGGACGAGGUGGCGGUGGUGGAUUUGGACGAGGAGGUGGCGGAGGAUUUGGACGAGGUGGAGGAGGAGGAUUUAAAAGAUUUUAAUUUUAUAUUGUUGAAAUUAGGUUAUAUAUAUUACUUGUAAUUUCUGUUAUUGAUAUAACAUUCUGUAGCAGAAUAUAAAAGAAAUAUUCUGUUAAGCAGUAUAUUCAGGAUUGACAACAUGUUAACAUGUAACAGAAGGCUUGCACAUUGUAUGAUUUAAAGACUGAUAUGCUACAGAUUAUUAUCUUUUGGACAUAUUGUUCACAUACUGUGUUGGAUAUUACUCUUUAUUUUGAAAUGGACCACUUAUAAAAAGAAUUCUAAGAAUGAAAUGUUACACUGAUAAUAUUUAUACAUUUUGGAAUGAGUAUAAGAAAUGAAAGUUUUUUUUUAAA